AUUCAAAUCUGGAUCACUUUGGCGAUGGAUGGCGGUUAACGGCUGGUCAAAGUGAUGAGUUUCAGAACUUUCUUCGUUCCUACGCCUUCGCCACCCCCGCCGGGCCACAUCAUCCGGCUCGGCAUCACUUACAGCAUUGCUGAGUCCACUGCCUCAUGAUCACCAAUCAGCCUCAGAUCCCGGCUCAUAUGAUACUUUGUAAUGUCCAGCUUCCCCCUUGCCCUCAGAAGCUCAAGUCCUCUGCUGAACGCUUUCUAUUGCCGAUAAACAUUAAUCUUGGGUUUCUCAAUCGCCGGAAGUAUCCUACGAUGGCCAAGUUGACCGACCUGCCAGCCGAGCUGGUCGAAAGGAUAGCCAAUUACCUUAUCGAUCAAAGUUAUGCCGAUUCCAAUGCCCAUCACCAUGAUCUCGACCAUAAUGGAAUCGGAGAAUUUCAACAGAAUCCAAGGCCCCAUCUAGAUAACAAGGAUGCCUUAACUGGAGCCAGCGAUCACCAAUUUAGCUACAGCAACCCUGUCUACCACAAGGAGACGACGGUAAAUAUCAAGCCCUCGGAAUAUCAGGUUACUCAAGUAUCAUGGCCAGGUGGUCUACCAUUCAAUCCAUUGGUAUCAUUAUCCCUAGUCAACCGCACCUUUCGACGAUGUGCCCAGGAGAUGCUCUUCAAAAACGUGGGUUUGAAUCAACAGCGGGCCAGCUUAUUUCACCAGGCGCUUACUCGUCCAUCCUUGGAGGAUGAAGCAAAACUCUAUCGUGGCUCGAUGGUUAAUUACGAGGGUGGAAAACCUGACAGUGGUAACGUCCAGAUUGCACAACCUUUUGGAAUCGAUUGCCCUCGUUUGAACAAAUUGGCUCGAUUCGUUCGCUCUUUGCAAUUUACGUGGAGCGGCCCUUGCUCCAUGGGAGAAGGCGGCGGCUCUCUCAUAUGUGACAUCAUUCGGAGCUGUCCGUUGCUUGAAAAUAUCGCUAUUAGUAAUACGUUCUACAUGUGCUGUAAAGAGCCCAUUUUGGAGGCCCUCGCUAGUCGACCGCUGAUCAAAGAAUUCGUCAUACUCGGGCAAGACAGAAGUCCCACUGACACCGUAGUAUUUCGUUGGAUUCUCGACGAAGUGUUUGACCGAUUGUUCUCCAAGUGGGACAAGCUCGAGACAAUCGAGUUGGUUGGACUCUCUCGUCAAUCGAACCAGAUCACCCAGACUAUUCCCCAACCCAUAACCGUCUUAAACCGUGCACUCAAAACCAUCAUUCUAAAUGAUCCGAAAUUAAACGAGAGUGAGCUCUCCUGGAUUUUGAAGGGCUCCAUGGAGAGCUUGUUGACGCUCAAGAUCAUCAAUCCAAGCUCAGAACUUGACCGGCCCGGCUUAUUUCGGAUCCUAAAAGGGUGCACCAGCCCGAAUUUAGAAGUUUUGACGAUCGAUGUCGACGCGGCUUGGCAAUCGAUUGAAAGGGACGCCGAAGGUUCCGAUGACCCAGCCGAAAAUUGGGCGCUGAUGGACCUGGUCUUCAAGUCAUCUUCUGCCUUGAGAAAUCUCAAAUCCUUGUCUAUCACUGGCCCGCUGGUCGGCUCUGGAUUCUUUAAUCUGCUACCCGACUCCCUUGUGAAGCUUGCUUGGGAUGAAUGUUGGGAACUCCGGUCUGAUAUGCUUGCUCAGGUACUCUCAAGUUCCCGCCAACCUGUAUGGCUACCGAAUUUAAAAUGUCUCUCAGCCCGUGAUUAUAACAGAUGGCACUGUCGAGAUCGAAGAGCAAUUGAGGAAGCGUUGCAGGCGCGAGGGGUGUGCUUUCAUCCUAUUUGCGGAGAUUUUGACGGCUCACAAUUUGAUGAUGAUGGGCCGAUAGUAGACCCUAUGAGGAAUGUAAUGGCUAGCCUGUAUUGGUAGUAUAAGUAUCACUUCAUCAUCAACUGCAAGUCCUAUUUACGUGGACAAUUAAUCAUGGCCAUCAUCCCUGUUUUCUUCCUUCAUCUGCUUUCAGCAAUGCAUUUAAUCGUGAUUAUCGCAUUAGCUGGCUUGCAUGUUUACUUAGUUGUUCGAAUGUCCUUCAUCGCAUCCAUCUCAUUCGAUACUGUUUCUUUUGCAAACUUUGUCAUCCACCCA